AUGCCACAGCCUGACGCGGAUCUUUUCCGAUAUACCAGUGGCCGUUGGCUAUGGAAUGAAGAGCAGCAACUGCGAGACCGGUUCUCACCUUUCAAUGUGCUUGAGCUGCAAAGAAUCGCAGCGCAGAGUGUUGGAGCAGAUACGUGCACUGCAAUCAAAAAGCUGGCAGAAGGAUCUUUCAACAAAACCUUCAGGCUUGAGAUGGGUAAUGGAUUAUCCGUGAUUGCAAGAAUACCCCAUUCUAUUGCUGGGCCUAGACACUACACUACAGCCUCUGAAGUCGCAACCAUGGAGUUUGCCCGCACAAUCCUCGGGAUACCAACACCUCAAGUGUAUGCUUGGAAUGCAGAUGUGAAUAACUCUGUCGGUUCUGAGUAUAUCAUCAUGGAGGAAGCCCCCGGUACAAAGCUGGAAGAUUUAUGGGAUAUUUUUUCUCUCGAAGAGAAGAUAGAGGUCAUGAAGGACCUAGUCCAACUAGAGAAAAAAAUGCUUCAAGCGCCACUAAAUAACUAUGGGAGUUUGUACUAUGCUGGCGCUGAUAUAAGAGACGCCGUGCCAGCAGAUACCUCUGCAGAAAUAUCUUCUGAGCUCAAAGACAAGAUACGCCGUCGUUUUGUCAUCGGUCCAAUCGCAGAAAGACACUAUUGGUCCAAAGAACGUGCAGAGAUGGCGUUGGACCGAGGACCAUGGAAACAACCACAGGAUUAUGUGCUCUCCCUAGCUCACCGAGAAGAGGCAUGGAUUCAGCAGUACGCAACUCCAAGAGCCGAAGAGGACCCGCUGGUGACCUCAGCAACGCAAAAUUCUCCUAACAGCCACAUUUCUCUGCUGCGGAAAUAUCGUAAAGUUGCUCCUUAUUUACUUCCAAACGAUCCUAUCGUGGUUGCACCAUACAUAUGGCAUACCGAUUUACACGCUGGAAAUAUUUUUGUCUGUGAUGGUAAAAUUUCGAGCGUUAUAGACUGGCAAGGGCUCUGGGCAGCACCAUUGAUCCUUCAAGCACGUCAUCCAAGACUAGUUGAAUAUAGUGGUGAAGUCAUUUUGAAAGCCCCGGAGAACUUCAAACAGCUUGAUCCAGCGGAGAAGAUUCGGAUCAGAGGCCUCAUGAGUAGCUCGAUACUGCUCUACCUCUACGAAAAGCAGAUUGCUAAAGAGCUUCCCCUUCUCGAUAAAGUCCUCCGAUUUGAUCACGGUAGAACAAGGUGCAAUCCAAUUUUGUUCGUGGGCGACACAUGGGAUGACGAGCUUCUACCCUUGCGGGAAUCUCUAAUCAAGCUUGAGAGAUAUUGGAAUGAAUUAGGGUUUGACAUUCCAUGUCCUAUCCAUUUCACUGAGGAUGAUCUUCGUGUUCAUGCAGAGGAAAGUGACGGGUGGAAUGAUGUGCAGGAUUUCUGGAACUCUGUCGCGAACUUAGUAUCGAGGGAUGGCUGGACCCCGCAUCAUCUAUAUAAUGAUGCCAUUUCUCUGUUUACAGAGCUACGAGAAAUUGGUCUAAAAGCUAUGGUAGGGAAGGAGAGGGAUGUAUUUGAGAUCCAGACACAAUGGGUCAAGAAGCAUUAG